AUGUCGAGUCUCGGAUCGGAAUUCGGGCGAGAUUUUGCCAAAGAAACAUGGACGCUUUAUGCGGUUGGGCUUCUGGGGGUUGUGAUGCGAUUCAUUGCACGGAUACGACGGUUAGGCUUCCGGAACCUCCAAGCAGAUGACUACUUGAUGGUAUCGGCGGUGAUAUGGUAUACGAUUCUCUGUGUUGCUUUGAAUCAGGUUGCCUCCGGGGGAGGAUCUAACCUGAUGGACGACGAAGACAUUAAGCACUUGACGCCGGCCAUCCAUGCAGAGCGAGAGAGUGGGAGUAAGUGGGUGUUCGUAUCCGAGCACGCCUUUAUACUGGCGGUCUGGUCAAUGAAGGCCUGCAUGUUGGUAAUAUAUGCCCGCAUCACGAACGGGUUACAACAGCGCAGAUGGGUCAACUAUCUGGCCAUCUACGUCGCAUUUGGAUUUGUCGCCGUUGAGCUAUCUCUCUUCUUGAUCUGUCGGCCUCUGACGAAUUACUGGGCCGUGCCGACCCCGGACUACCAAUGUUCUUCCUACCAAUACUACGAAAUCGUCCAAGGAUGCAUCUCCAUCUCCGCCGACAUCUUCAUGCUCCUCAUCGGCAUCCCCCUCCUCGCCCAAGUCCGCGUGCAGCUCAAGCAGAAGCUCAUCCUGAUCAUCCUCUUCGGCAUGGGCAUCUUCGUCAUCGUCGCCGCCAUCCUCAACAAAGUCUACUGCCUGGUCCCCUCCCUCAUCUCCUACGUCUACAUGAACUGGUACUUCCGCGAAGCAACCGUCGCCAUCCUCGUCACCAACCUGCCGCUCAUCUGGUCGCUGCUCCGCGACGUCUUCCCCGUCCUCAAGAGCUGGACAGGCGGCUCCAAGCGCACCACCAAGGACUGGUACCGCUUCGGCAACAACAGCAAGGCCACCUCCGCCCACCGCCCUUACGGACCGCCCAGUCAGUUCCGGUCCGGCGACGUCAGCAUGAACACCUACAACCGCAGCAUGGUCACCUCGCAGAAGCCUGUUUCGGACCUUACCAGCUACUCGAAUAGUGACGAGCGGAUGCCCAGCGAGGAUGGCUCUGAACGUGCGCUCCGUAUCCGCCAGGAUGUGACUGUCACGGUGGAACGGGAGGAACGGCCGCCUGAUUAUGUUGAACAUGGUGGUCACGUCCGUCAACCGGAACCGUAA